CUGGCAACCAGGGUUUCUGAAGAGCUAGGCUGUGAAUUGGGACCGGGAGGACAAAAUUCCCUGUGUGGAUAUCAGAUUCGUAUGGAAUCAAGAACAGGAGAAGCCACCAGACUGUUGUACUGUACAACAGGUGUCCUGCUUCGGAAACUUCAGGAAGAUGGUCUUCUUUCAAGUAUAUCUCAUGUUAUUGUAGAUGAGGUACAUGAAAGAAGUGUCCAGUCUGAUUUCUUGCUAGUUAUUCUGAGGGAAAUCUUGCAUAAGCGUUCAGACCUGCAUUUGAUUUUAAUGAGUGCUACUGUAGACAGUGAGAAGUUUUCCAGCUAUUUCUCACACUGUCCCAUUUUAAGGAUCUCGGGGAGAAGUUACCCUGUCGAGAUUUUCCAUGUGGAAGAUGUGAUUGAAGCAACUGGCUAUGUUCUGGAGAAAGACUCGGAAUAUUGUCAGAAGUUCUUGGAGGAGGAAGAGGACGUAACAAUAAAUGUUACUAGCAAAGGAGGAGGCACUACAAAGUAUCAGGAGUGUGUCCCAAUCCAGUCUGGAUCUGGUAUUGAUUUGGCUCCUUACUAUGCAAAGUAUAGCAGCCGUACACAGCAGGCCAUCUUCUAUAUGAAUCCAUACAAGAUCAACCUUGAACUUAUUUUGGAGCUGCUUGCAUACUUAGAUAGAAGUCCCCAGUUUAAGACCAUUGAGGGUGCUGUGCUGAUCUUUUUACCAGGCCUUGCCCACAUCCAACAGCUGUAUGAUCUCAUUUCAACUGACAGAAGAUUUAACCUGCAUGACAGGCACCGGUUGAUAGCUUUACAUUCUGUUCUUUCAACUCAAGAUCAAGCAGCUGCAUUUACAAUACCUCCUCUUGGUAUUAGAAAGAUUGUUUUGGCAACCAAUAUAGCAGAGACGGGUAUUACAAUACCAGAUGUUGUCUUUGUAAUUGAUACUGGGCGAACAAAAGAAAAUAGGUAUCACGAAAGUAGUCAGAUGAGUUCCCUGGAGGAGACCUUUGUUAGUAAAGCUAGUGCUCUGCAGAGACAAGGAAGAGCUGGACGUGUUAGGGAUGGAUUCUGCUUCCGGAUGUACACAAGAGACAGGUUUGAAAGCUUCAUGGAGUAUUCUGUUCCAGAAAUACUGCGUGUGCCUUUGGAGGAAUUAUGCCUUCAUAUUAUGAAAUGCAGUCUUGGUUCUCCCGAAGAUUUCCUUUCCAGAGCAUUAGACCCACCACAGCAGCAAGUAAUUGGUAAUGCAAUGAACCUGUUGAGGAAGAUUGGGGCUUGUCUGUUAAAUGAGCCCAAGCUUACUCCAUUAGGCCAGCACCUUGCAGCCCUUCCUGUCAAUGUAAAAAUUGGCAAAAUGCUUAUAUUUGGUGCUGUAUUUGGCUGCUUGGAUCCUGUGGCAACUCUGGCUGCUGUCAUGACAGAAAAAUCCCCAUUUACUACACCAAUUGGUCGAAAAGAUGAAGCAGAUCUUGCAAAAUCAUCUCUAGCAAUGGCAGUUUCAGACCAUAUAACAAUCUACAAUGCUUACCUGGGGUGGAAAAGGGCUCGACAAGAAGGCGGGUAUCGUGCUGAAAUGACUUAUUGCAGAAGACAUUUUCUUAACAGGACUUCACUGUUAACUCUGGAGGAUGUGAAGCAAGAACUCAUAAGAGUGGUCAGAGCAGCAGGGUUCACAGCACCUACAACACAGUGUGGAUGGAAUGGAAAUGGAGUCACACAAUCCCUUUCUCUCCAUGAAAUAGCUCUUCUUAAAGCUGUUUUGACUGCAGGGCUGUAUGACAACGUAGGAAAAAUAAUGUAUACAAAGUCUGUGGAUAUCACAGAGAAGCUGGCUUGCAUGGUAGAAACUGCUCAGGGCAAAGCGCAAGUGCAUCCCUCGUCUGUAAACAGAGACUUACAGACAUAUGGAUGGCUCCUUUACCAGGAGAAGGUGAGAUAUGCUAAAGUGUAUUUGAGAGAAACUACUUUAAUAUCCCCCUUUCCCAUUUUGCUUUUUGGUGGGGAUAUAGAAGUCCAGCAUCGGGAGCGUCUCCUGACAGUUGAUGGCUGGAUCCAUUUCCAGGCUCCUGUAAAAAUAGCAGUAAUUUUCAAACAGCUGAGAGUUCUCAUUGAGUCUGUUUUAAAGAAGAGGCUUGAAAAUCCAGAAAUGUCACUUGAAGAUGACAAGGUCUUGCACAUCGUCAAAGAACUGAUAAAAACAGAGAAUGUUUACUGA